AUGGGACACUUGCAGCUACGUUUCUCAUAUGCUCCUGAGAAGGCAUCAAUUGUUAUGCAGCAUCUUCCUAACCUUAGGAAGAUGCCUUUUUAUGAUUUUCAACAUAGACCGGCCCAUUUAUGUAUUCGCGAAAGCAGUAAAGACUGGGUUUUGCCCCGAAUGCAAAAUCCGCCCCAUGCAUUGAUUCUUGUUCAGUCCGACGAACUGGCCUACCAAAAUUUGCACAGUGUUACUAAUAAACAAAAGGAGGUUUCAUUUGAAAAAACUGUGCGGUUUCAUCAUUUACAUGCUUCUCGUCCCAAUUUUAAACGCAUUUGGGUUGCGAUUGGACGCUUUUUGUCAUAG